CUGCCUGAGAGCCUGAGACGGUCCUGCUGCUGCCGGAGCCCUGCCAGCUGUCCGACGAUGUCGUCCCACCUAGUCGAGCCGCCGCCGCCCCUGCACAACAACAACAACAACUGCGAGGAAAGUGGCCAGUCUCUGCCGCAGCCGGCCGGCCUCAAUAGUUCCUGGGUGGAGCUCCCCAUGAGCAACAGCAAUGGCAAUGAUAAUGGCAAUGGGAAAAAUGGGGGGCUGGAACACGUACCGUCCUCAUCCUCCAUCCACAAUGGAGACAUGGAGAAGAUUCUAUUGGAUGCACAACAUGAAUCAGGACAGAGUAGUUCAAGAGGCAGUUCUCACUGUGACAGCCCUUCGCCACAAGAAGAUGGGCAGAUCAUGUUUGAUGUGGAAAUGCACACAAGCAGGGACCAUAGCUCUCAGUCAGAAGAAGAAGUUGUAGAAGGAGAGAAGGAAGUUGAGGCUUUGAAGAAAAGUGCGGACUGGGUGUCAGACUGGUCCAGUAGACCCGAAAACAUUCCACCCAAGGAGUUCCACUUCAGACACCCUAAACGUUCUGUGUCUUUAAGCAUGAGGAAAAGUGGAGCCAUGAAGAAAGGGGGUAUUUUCUCCGCAGAAUUUCUGAAGGUCUUCAUUCCAUCUCUCUUCCUUUCUCAUGUUUUGGCUUUGGGACUAGGCAUCUAUAUUGGAAAGCGACUGAGCACACCCUCUGCCAGCACCUACUGAGGGAAAGGAAAAGCCCCUGGAAAUGCGUGUGACCUGUGAAGUGGUGUAUUGUCACAGUAGCUUAUUUGAACUUGAGACCAUUGUAAGCAUGACCCAACCUACCACCCUGUUUUUACAUAUCCAAUUCCAGUAACUCUCAAAUCCAGUAUUUUAUUCAAACUCUGUUGAGGCAUUUUACUAACCUUAUACCCUUUUUGGCCUGUAAGACAUUUUAGAAUUUCCUAACAGAGUUUACUGUUGUUUAGAAAUUUGCAAGGGCUUCUUUUCCGCAAAUAAAAAUUAAAAAUUUUUUUU